AGGCCUUUUGGAGGUUGACCUUGAGCGCACACCUCGGGGGAAGCGAUAGGUCAAUAGUCCGCCACAAAUGGGGCAUGCUCAGUUUUGGGUACCAUAACUAGCAGAGUGUGGUUCCACUUUUUGAGCAGGCUGUCGGAGAUGAACAACUCCUUCAUUGCUGCGUACACGCCCAUCGUGACAGUUUGCCACGCUUCCUCGAAGAAUGUUGAUCCGUAACCGUUCGGUCCCGGGGCUCUAUCAUUGCCAAUGUCUAAGAGGGUUUUCCAAAAGUGUGUGAUAAAUUACUCCGCAACCACCUGUGUACUUGUUGUUCGCGUCUCUCCUGCUUCCUCGUCACAUGUGUCCCAUUAAUUCGAAGGAAGAAUGAUUUUGAAUUUAUUGUACGAGUUUCCGGCUUCAAAAGGCGGCUUUAAUUUGCUCCUCGAACACAAACCAUCAUGAAGAGGGCAUGCAGUUGCUUCGCGGAUUGAUGGAACUAUGUAAAAGAAGCCUCUGCUUUUGAAGAGAAGAUAAGAGAAGAGCCGAGCUGCUUUUGAGAAGGCCCAUGGCGAUGGCCGUACGCCUCUGCUUCUCCUCUCACCGGCAACGCGUGCUCCGAUGUCGGCCUCUUUGAGCAUGACCUCACCAUGUGCUCCACUUAAAGGCGUUAGCCCACAACGCAGUACUCCUUUUGCCCACGGCCAUCAUAUGGCCUCUGUCCACGUUGCCCUGGACACCUUUGUCAGUACACUCCCAGGACACUUUCCCAAAAAAACUGUGCCUUUGCUCCUCCCAAAGAGAUGGAUUGGUGCCGGGAAUUGUUAAUUGCGAUUAGGUGUUUGAGAGAAUGCCGCAGGGCUCUUUUGCAUGCUUGGGUCCAGCACGAGACUGCUUCGCUCGUCAUCAUCAUGGUUUGUUUGGAUCUCAAUAUUUUAGCCUAUUCAUCAUGUGGUCAGCGUUGCUCGGUCAAAUCCGUUUGCAUAGGCAUCAUUGGCACAAUUAAAAUAGCAUUAUGAACUGCUCAGCUCCUCUUCAGGCCUACUCCAUGGUUGGGGUGGAAGGGAAGUGCUGCUUUGUCCAAAAGAACACUGGCCUAAGGGAGAUAAGAGCAGAGAAGGGCCAGAGUUCCUCACUGAAGCAUAUCCAUUGUUUCUGCCUCAUCAUAGCACAAUCUAUCUGCUGAUAGAUAGUCACAGGGAUAAGUCCAAACCCUGAUGCUGAUAGAUUUUUAGCAUAAUUGGAGUGAAAUGUGAAGCAACAAUAUCCGCACCCUCGACAAAUUGGUAAAAAGAGAAAAGGAUAGCCAAACUGUCAGCUUCUUUCCCUGCAGUUUCAAAAGGAGCUUAUUGGUAGUCCAAUCUAUUUCCGUAAACGAUCAUGGAGAGGUUCCUGAGGAAGUAUGAUAGAGAAUGCAUGAAGAUGAUGAUGAUGAAGCAUGAAGAGACCUUCAGGCAACAGGUCCAAGAACUCCAUCGGUUGUAUAGAGUUCAGAAGCUACUAAUGAGAGACGUGAAGGACAAUGAGCUGAAGUCACAGAGUGUCACCAAUUUCACUCACUCUAACCAGCUUGGUGAACAAAAGAAUGCCCCCGGCUCAUGCCUACUUAGUAGUAGCCACAAGGAACUUAGGCUACUGCACGGGCGGCGGGUGCUUAAUCUUGAACUUCCUGCUGAUCAGUACAUAGAAAGAGCUGAAGAAGACGGCGGCGACAUAGAGCUGGCACUGACUAUAGGAAACAACUGGAGGAAGGGAGAUGAGGUAUCUUUCACUUCUGAUGAGGCAGCAAGCUUUUCCUCAUCAUCAACCGAGACUGGAGGGUUGAAAUUAAGUGGGAAUGGAUGGGAGCUGCCGGGGAUGGAAGAAGGAAACUUUUGCUAUGACAGUAAUAGGAAGAAUGGAUAUGAGAUGGAAGGAGUGAGAGAGGAAAGUCUGAAGCAGCCUUCUUGGCACAUCCAGUGCUUGAGUCUCAAGAUGGCUUGAUCAUGUUAGUAACUUCAGGAGUGUGUGUUUGUUUCUCGUUUGGCAAUGAAUUGAAAGCAUUUCUUUUCUUA